GCCCUUCUCACAGUCAUGUCGUAUGAUCGCUACGUGUCCAUCUGCAAACCCCUGCACUACGGGACCCUCCUGGGCAGCAGAGCUUGUGCCCACAUGGCAGCAGCUGCCUGGGCCAGUGCCUUUCUCUACGCUGUCAUGCACACAGUCAAUACAUUUUCCCUGCCCCUGUGCUAUGGCAAUGCCUUAGGCCAGUUCUUCUGUGAAAUUCCUCAGAUCCUCAAGCUCUCCUGCUCCAAUUCCUACCUCAGGGAGCUUGGGCUUCUCAUAGUUUGUACUUUUUUGUUAGUUGGUUGUUUUGUGUUCAUUGUUUUCUCCUAUGUGCAGAUCUUCAGGGCUGUACUGAGGAUCCCCUCUGAGCAGGGACGCUACAAAGCCUUUUCCACCUGUCUCCCUCACCUGGCCGUGCUCUUCCUGUUUAUCAGCACUGCAGUAUUUGCCUACCUGAAGCCCCCCUCCAUGUCCUCCCCAUCCCUGGAUCUGGCCCUGUCAGUUUUGUACUCGGUGGUGCCUCCUGCCCUGAACCCCCUCAUCUACAGCCUGAGGAACCAGGAGCUCAAGGAUGCCCUGAGGACAAAGAUGACUGGGUACUUUUCAGAAGCAAAGAAGUGA